UCUAGGUACAUUCUUGGGAGCCGCCAGCGUGCAUCGACCUCCUCUUCACCGCCUCGGGGAAGGGAGUGCUGGAUGUCGCCUACUCGGCAGCACCGACAACGCGUCCGCGCGCCCGUGUGACGUUCCUCGCUGGAAUUUGCGACCUACGAUGGGACCGAAGUCUCCGCUGUCUUCACAAGUAGCAGAAUCGCCUUCACUCACUUGCGUGAAGGGUUGAAGCUUCCGUGCACCGACCGACACCUGCGUGGUCUGCAGACGCUGCCACCUGCGUCUUCUUGACAGCUCACGUGGCUCCCGUUCUGGUGCAUUUGAAGUUGCUCCUCUUCCUCACUUUCACGACUGUGCAUCCUGCGUGGCCUGGAGUUGAAUCCGGAGAGCGAGCUGACAUCAGCAUGGGCAAAGCAUUCUUCACGGCAUGGCAGACGUGGGAGAAGCUAGUGUUUAUCCUCGCUUGUGCUAUUGUUGUCACUGUGCUCUUGGGAUGUGCAAAACUGGGACACACCCACUAUAACUUGCGCAAAUACAGCGCCAUAGCAGAAAAGGACAAACAAGAAGAGCAAGCAAUGCAUCGGCAAAUGAGCCACCGACGAAGACCUCCAACAACCACAGAUGUCCCGUUCGGCAUCAGAGCCAUCGAAAGCGGGGUGGAAGUGGAGGGCGUAUGGAUCUCAAGAAACAACAGCCCCGAGCCCGCAUCAACGCGGGACACUUCAACUGCUUCAAUGUGGGACGCGGCCGUCCAUCAACGUCACGAGAUCGAUCUGGAGAAGCAGGAUGCUGACACACGACAUGGCCGACACGGUUUGGAAUCCACGAAUGCUUCCAACCCUGCGACGAAUGCCGGUAUGGCAGGCACAAGAAUGACUGGCCACGGUCAGCCAGAAGGCGUGAUGUCCAAACCGGCAAAGAACAAGCAGCAUCCACCUUUAUCGUAUGCCAAGUACAGCGGAAAUCCCAGCCUGUUCAAUCAGGCUCCAUACGUCAGCACCAUUGAAGGGAUCAACGCAAUCCAUCGGGCCUCGGGACCGGUCACUACUGGCAGCACCCACGGCGAUGAAUAUGGCAGCCGCGACUCCAGUCAAUCAACUAGCGAUGGCACCGACACCGAGCCAAUAUCGUCGUCGGCGCCCAAUUUGCUGGGACGACGGCAAAAGCAGCAGUCAAUGGAGCUUGAUCUCAUGCACAGCCAUCGACUAUCACAAGCUGCCGAAACCGGCCAGCUUACGCCACGAGUACGCAGGACAGAAACUCGUGGGGACUCGGCAAGCUUUUCAUAUGAGCAUCGAGCUUCCUCUGUCUCGGACUCUGGAGAUCGUCACCAACAUGUGCGGGCCCGUUCGGAGUCGCCUGUUGCGAGACCGGCUACUCUAAUAGGGUGCAGCUCUGACAUGUCUCUUCGUCCACCCAGCCUCGACUCCCUACCCGCUGCAGCAAGCAGAACAAGUUUACCAGACGUGACACCGUUUGCGCAGUUCUGCCGCACUGCACCGAUCUUGCUACGUCCAGAGUCGAGGCAGUCGGUGGCAUCCACUGCAUCCAAGUCUGCAAUGCAGCAAGCAGGCGACUCACUGGAGCAAUACAUGUCUAGAUCCUCAAAUUUCGAAGCGCAAUCACAGCGAGCAGCACCACCCAUUGAAACAGCUAUGGCAGCCCAGAAGGCAGUACCAGAAGCGCCGGCGCAAGCGCUGCCAGAGCAACGGACAUCAUUCGAACAUCGCAAGUCCGCAGUGGUGCGUGGUCAUGGCUCCGGCUUCGAAAUCCUGCGACCCGGCACUUUUGCAGAACAGUCGGUUGAGAAACAGCGGUCCGCGCCGCCUAUCAGUCUUUACAACAGUAGCAGCAGCUCGCGGCACGGGUCCAGCAGUACAGAUGGUCGCCGAAAGAUUCAGAAGAAACGACCUCCAAGUGUUGGAUCGGAAACCAGCUCAAGUGGUGGCGGCAGUCGUGAUAGUGGGAGAUGGAGUCUGAGGAGUUUAGCGUGAAGCUGUGCAGGCGUAGCAUGGUAGGAGGUAGGUAAUCGAUGCAGAGAGGGUGGCUUCACGCAGAGUGAGCACAUGUUGUCACUCGGCAAGAUGCUCUUGACAUUGUCGCGUGACUACACUACAGCAUGGCGGAAGGCACAUGCAGUUUUCACUCAGACCAAUAUGCGAUGAUCGCCGUUCGUGCAAGACUGUGCCUUCGCGAUCGGGUCUUCGUAUCGCCUCGUUCUCGCUGGAGGUGUCUGAAUGCGGAGUCUUGUCUGCGCGUCCAUGGCACUUGGCGAGAGACGUGACGCCGUGUGGGAGUGGAGUAAAACGUGAUCCCAUCAACAGACGUUCGGCUGUGAGCUGCAGAGAAGCAGGCCAGGAUACAGAGGGCGAGGUGAAGAAGACCGUUGCAAAAGAAGUAGAGCAGAAUCGGCAAGGCGCCGGCCGAUAAACACCUCGUCGCUCGGUGCCACCGGAGAGGAGGUAUUUCUCGGUCUCCUAUCAUCACCGAAAUGCUCACAAUGGUGCAAAUCGGCAUAUCGGACAAUUUUUCUUUUCUUCCCGUACAAGCACUAUGUAUACC